GCUCUGAGGAGACUAACGGGAAAAUGAGUCCAGCUGCUGCAUCUACUGCUCUCACCUCUGUGGAUGGAAGAUGAAUAAACCGCACUAUUCUGGACUUUGCGCCACAAAACGAGGCUUUUCUUCCCAUUCUUGACACAUUUUUGCCCUGUUUUCUCUUCAGAGACCCGCCUUGCUUUUGCUGUCUGUUGCGUUUUGGAGGAAAAUAACUUUUUUGGGGAGUUAUUUGCGAGACUAGCCUGAGGAAAGCUGUGGUGGAAGCGCUCGAGACAAAUUUCUAACCUUCAAGAUGGAAGAACAGUGCUACUUCAACGAGACCAUCGCCUUCUUUUACAAUAAAAGUGGGAAGUACCUGGCCACUGAGUGGAAUACAGUCAGCAAGCUGGUGAUGGGACUUGGGAUUACAGUAUGUAUUUUCAUCAUGCUGGCUAACCUGCUGGUGAUGGUAGCCAUAUACAUCAACCGCCGCUUCCAUUUCCCCAUCUAUUAUCUGAUGGCGAACCUAGCAGCAGCGGACUUUUUCGCCGGACUGGCUUAUUUCUAUUUGAUGUUUAACACUGGUCCCAAUACGCGGCGGCUAACCGUUAGCACGUGGCUGCUCCGCCAGGGCCUCAUUGACACUAGCCUAACAGCCUCGGUGGCUAAUCUGCUGGCCAUCGCCAUCGAGCGCCACAUAACGGUCUUCCGCAUGCAGCUCCACACCCGCAUGAGCAACCGGCGUGUGGUGGUCGUCAUCAUGAUCAUCUGGACCAUGUCCAUCAUCAUGGGAGCCAUCCCCAGCGUGGGCUGGAACUGCAUCUGUGCCAUCGAGAGCUGCUCCAGCAUGGCGCCACUCUACAGCAACUCGUACCUCGUCUUCUGGGCCAUCUUCAACCUGGUGACCUUCGUGGUCAUGGUGGUCCUGUACGCUCACAUAUUCAUGUACGUCCGCCAGCGUACCAUGAGGAUGUCGCGCCACAGCUCGGGCCAGCGGAGGAACAGGGACACCAUGAUGAGCUUGCUGAAGACGGUGGUGAUUGUACUAGGUGCCUUCAUCGUGUGUUGGACUCCUGGCUUAGUGCUCCUGUUACUGGACGUUUUCUGCAACGAUUGUAAUGUUCUGGCUUACGAGAAGUUCUUCCUCCUCCUAGCGGAGUUUAACUCGGCCAUGAACCCCAUCAUUUACUCGUACCGGGACAAGGAGAUGAGCGUGACGUUCAAGCAGAUCCUGUGCUGCCAGCGGCAGGAGAACAUUAACGGUACGACGGAGGGGUCCGACCGCUCGGCUUCGUCCUUCAACCACACGGUCCUCAACUCGCCGCACAAUAACGACCACUCAGUGGUCUGAAACAAGGGAAUGAAUGUAGGUGCAGAGCUGGCACUAUCAGGAUCAAACCCUGCAGAGAGAACUGGAGAGAAGCCCCUCGCCCAGUGGAAGCAUUUGCUUCAGCAGUGACUUCACGUUUCGUUUCGUUGUUUUGGGCUCGUGGAGGGAUGUGUUUGUUUUUAUUUUUGUACUUGAUCAUUGUGCUAUAUUAAGUAUUUAAGGACUAAUCUGCAUUGCGAGGGUCCAGCCAGUAUACCACACAUUUCAACACAUUUCUUCUCUGAUUGCUUUUGCAUCGGAUUCGCAAUGCAAGGAGCAGGAGAGGAGCCCUAAUGAGUAUUUCUGAAUCUGAUUAUUUUAUAUCAUAGGGGUCAACCUUUCAGAUCUAAAGUAAAUCUGGAUUAAAUUGUUGAG